UAUGGAUUGGCAAAUACAAAUACAAGUCACAGACGGCCGAUCUAUUCUGUACGAUGCGGUCAACUGGAAGCUCGCCAAAGAGUCCCACCAUUUCGUCUGAUCAGCUGACAACCUUCAUUUCACCUACUCUUACUUGCCGCCAUGGAGUCAAACGAACGAAAGAACCAACAUACCCAAUCGAAGCUGGUUCACAAAACGAAAGCGGUUGACGAAAAUGUAAAACUAAUGGAGGCCAUUCAUGACUUAAGACUCGCUACCAUUCGAGGGGAUCUCCAAGCCGUUAAAGAUGCUCUCGAUAAAGGUCUGACUGUGAACCAGCCGCUCAAAGGUGGAUGGACGGCUCUGAUGUAUGCUUGCUCCUUGGGUCAUCCUCUUAUUGUUGAAUUUCUCUUACAACAAGGUGCCAAUCCUAACUUCCAUAAAGAAUUAUUCACCCCCUUAAUGGCAACAUGCGCCUCGACACAAGAACACGAGGAUAGACUCGUGCAGUGUGUAGACCUGCUACUGCGAUACAAAGCCAAUGUCAACAUCACGGAGAGACAUCACAUAUCUGCCCUCAUGUUCGCUGCCAAGGAAGGCCAUGCCAAGAUUGUGGCUCAGUUACUGGGAGAAAACUGCAACUGUGAGAUAGAUGCACAGGACAGUCAAGGAUGGACGGCACUUUUCUGGGCUGUCAACAAGGGGCGAGCGAAUGUGGUUGAGAUCUUAGUGAGAAAGGGAGCGAAAGUGGACAUACUGGAUCGGCGGAGUCACACAGCUAUUGACUUGGCUCAGAACAAACGGCUUGACCAAAUUGUUGAGAUUUUGAAAAGAAAACAACCUAUAAUAGAAUAUUCACAAUCAGAACAAGUGAAUUAUGAUUCAUCAGGUUUCAAACAGAAGUAUGAGUUUGAGAAAAAUGCAGAUUCUAUGUUGCAAGUGAUACUGGAAGAAUUGUCUGCAACUGCAGUAAAUAACAACGGCAGGUGUGGAAACCGUUAUAAAACACUGUUUAAUGGCAUGGAAUUUGAGAACAACCUGGAACUGCUGAAACCACAUGAAGAAAUGAUCUUGAAAGUUGCUUCUUCACUUAAUGGAUGUUUCCAAAACUCAUUAUUAACAAACAAGUUCCCAAAAAACUCUAAGUAUAAAUAUAAAUCAGUAGAGACAAGCUGGAAGAAUAUUCCUUACAGUGCUAUUGAGGCUAGAGAAGUGCUGGGCCACAUGGUGAGGCAUCUAGAGAGUCUCUAUACAAGCAUGUCAUACAUACGGCUGCACAUGCAGGGAAACCCCCCAGCUGCUCUGCUGGAGGACAAACAUGCAGUUAUAUCAGAGAUUGUCACUCUCUCAGACAAAGCUCUGCAAAGUGUCAAACUUCUUUAUGAUGAAAUUUACUUCUUCCACCAAUAUACUAAACAGCUGGAAGGCUGUGACCAAGUGAUACCGGCUGACACUGUGAAGGAACAGAAGACAGACAGACACUAUGUCAAGACUGUCUCUAGUUGUGUCAUUGCUGCGGCCGUUGUCAUACUACUCUUCAAUAGCAAAUUCCUCACUUUGUCUAUCUUUAGUAAAUAAAGCUGUUAUAAACUAUAAAA